AUGUUCAUUGCUCCCACCCCGUCUCCAUAUAGGCCUGGUGAACCUUCGGAUGACCUGGACGUUCAAGAGCCUAAGAAAGUGCACAAGGAUGUCAGUCCUGAGCGGCGGCCGGUAGUAGUGGAAGAGACGACGGUGGCGCCAACAACACCUGAAUCUAAGAAGGGUAUGGAUCUGGAGGAGCCGAAAGCGAAAACGGAAGAAACGAAACCCCUGGCACCAGAAUCCCCAGCCUCCACUAAAGCCAGCCCUUCGAAGACAGGACAGGAUGCUGAAAGCAAUAGCGAUGUGGAGGAGGCGACAAAGAAAGGUGAACCGCACAAACCCCCCGCUCAGGUGGCUUCCGUCAAACGGGAAGAAGUUUCCCUCCCUAGUGUCGACACGCGGCCGGCAGCUUCUGAAGCUUCCACCAAAACCCCCAAUGUUCCUGCUCAGUCUUCCACUGCUCCCAGUCGGGUUACUACACCGAAAGAGCCUCCUACAACGUCCCCCGCCUCCAAGCCAUCGGACUCCAAGAGCAAACCCACCGAGCCCGUGUCAACAGAGUCGUCGAAGCCAUCAUCUGCUAAGACUGCCGCCCCUCCCUCCAAGUCCUUAGAUGUUACGGAGCCCUCUGGGUCAUCUGUCAGUGCCAACUCAAGGAGGCGUAUAGCUCCAGGUGGUGAGCGUCACAACCCAACAGCUAAUCCCCCCUUCGCUUUUUCCCUUGUUUUUCCUCACCUGAGUAGUACACCAGGUCGGAAGGCAAGAACCAACCCCGCAAGUGCAUCAAAAGGUGCAAUCAAAAGUUACAUACCCCUGUCUGCUAUUCCCCUCCACCCCUGGCGUCUACCAAAUCGCUUUCUGCCUUCGCCUCACCCGUCUCAUCAGCAGCCUUUCACACUCUUGGUGAUUUCUCCGAUUUUGCACCCCGCCCCCGCUCUGAACACAGCCAACCAACUCGCUUUCACUAUCCGUUUGUGGUAUCGAUCUCAUUUUGUAACGCUUUAG